AUGGAGUAUCCGCCAGAAGAUUUCCUGCAAAUAAUUCCGAUAUGGGUGCAAAUUAGUAAGAUCCCUGUGAACUACAAUACUUUACCUGCGAUUACUUCUCUGGCUGGUACGUUGGGAUUUGUUGAUGAAGUUGCCUUUGAUCCUAUAAACCCUCAAACUCAUGAUUUUGUGAGGGCUAGGGUUUUCUUCGAUGUUACAAAACCGCUGAAGACGUGCAGAGUAGUUGUACUACCGAAUGGUAUGAAUCAUGUGAUUCACUUUCACUAUGAGAACAUUCAGAAACGAUGCUUCUCUUGCCAGCGUUUAAACCAUGAAAAGGAUUUCUGUCCUUUACUUGUUAAGAAGAGACAAGUUGAAGCAGCUCAAAGAAGACAUAAAGUGAUGGAAGUAAGAGCCAAACCUUCUCUGGUCCUGAAGGAGGGUGACCCACUGUUUGGCGUUCUAAAAGAGGAUCAAGUGGCGAAUGAUCCUUUGUCUGGAAGGCCAAAGAUAGCAAAAGAAGUGCUGGAUGAAAUGAGAAGAUAUCUUUUGACAGAUAAUGGUGAUGAAAGAUCAGUAAGAGAAGACAGAGUUAAAGUCUCGGUUCAGGAAACAGAGUUGGACCCGAUUCUGCAGAAAAUUGUUCUCAGGUUAGAGCCUCUUCCAACUGUAACGAAUGAUUUGCACAAGGGCAAAGGGUUAGUUUUUGAAUAUGGCGAGAAAUCUUCUCUUCAAACCAAUCAAGAGAGUGGAAAAUUUAAAGAGACAUCGCUUCUGUCUGCUAUUAAAUCCGGAAAUGCCAUGAGAUGGGAUCCUGUUGAUUUGAAUGCUCCAGUUCUGAGUGAGGAUGGACGCCCUGUUAAUCCACCUAAGGAUUUAUCUUUGUGUUCAACGGGCUUUAGUAUGGGUUUCUCGGAACCCUGCUACUCCGGGACAUCAAAGAAAAAACCUUCUCCUCGGAAGAGGCCUCCCAAAGCUCGGAGAAAAGCAAACAUCAAGAUCCAAGAAAAGCAUGUAUCGUUAUCAGUUUCAGAUAAACAACAGGGGAAACAAGUGGAAGGAGCAAAGAAAAGAAAGCCAGUGGUUCAAGAUGAGAAACUUGAAACCUCGACUAAGAGUAAAUGUCUCAAGACGGUCCCAAUGGAGGGACUGUCCAGCCCAUAA